GCUGUGCUUCUUCCAAACGUCAUUCUCUCUCCUUUUUCCUGACUAUACAUACACACUAGCAGCAGCAGAGGCAGCAGCUGCCAAUCCCAUCUCCCUCUGCAUUGCUGCCACCAUGGACCGAAAGCAAGGCUUCUUCUCCGCUCUCAAGCACGAAGUCGUCCGCGGCCUCUCCCCGGCCCGCUCCCGCUCCCGCAGCCCCUCCCCCUCCGCUUCGGGCCUCCUCCGCCGCCGCAGGCGCUCCAGCAGCCUCGGCCCGCCCGACAUAUACAUGUCCAGAUCGGGCAGCUUCCGCCCCGCCCCCGAGGCCCUCUCCCCUUUGCGCGAGGGCCCGGACUCCUCCGACCCCAAAUCCGAGCGGUGGGCCAAUUGGCUCUGCCGCGCCCCUUCCGCCUCCGCCGCCUCCGAUCUGCGCCUUCUCCUCGGCGUCUUGGGUGCGCCGCUCGGCCCCGUGCACGUUAGCAACAACGAACCCCUCCCACACCUCUGCAUCAAAGAUACCCCCAUUGAAUCAUCGUCCGCACAGUACAUACUACAGCAGUAUCUGGCCGCAUCGGGCGGCCACAAGGUGCAGAGCUCGGUUCAGAAUGCUUAUGCAAUGGGGAGUGUGAAGAUGCUGACAUCUGAUAUAGAGACGGCCACGAAGGUGUUGAAGAGCCGGAACUCCGCUAAGGCGGCCGAGUCCGGUAGCUUCGUGCUGUGGCAGAUGAACCCUGACAUGUGGUAUGUCGAGCUAGCCCUCGGAGGGAGCAAGGUCCACGCUGGCUGCAACGGGAGGCUCGUGUGGCGCCACACCCCCUGGCUCGGCGCACACGCCGCCAAAGGGCCCGUCCGCCCCCUCCGCCGCGCCCUCCAGGGGCUUGAUCCGAGGACGACAGCGAGCAUGUUCGUGAACUCGAGGUGCACGGGUGAGAAGAAGAUCGACGGUGAGGAUUGCUUCAUCCUGAAGCUCUGUGCGGACCCCCACACGCUCAAGGCGAGGAGCGAGGGGCCGGCGGAGAUCAUCCGACACGUAUUGUUCGGGUACUUCAGCCAGCGGACGGGGCUGCUCGUGCACUUGGAGGACUCUCACUUGACGCGGAUACAGGCCAACGGGGGCGAGGCCGUGUACUGGGAGACGACCAUCAACUCGUUCCUCGACGACUACAGGCCGGUCGAGGGGAUCAUGAUCGCCCACUCGGGGAGGUCCGUGGUGACCCUGUUCAGGUUCGGGGAGACGGCCAUGAGCCACACGAAGACGAGGAUGGAGGAGGCGUGGACGAUCCAGGAGGUGGCGUUCAACGUGCCCGGGCUGUCCAUGGACUGCUUCAUUCCUCCCGCCGAGCUGAGGUUCAGUUCGAUCAGCGAGGCGUGCGACCUGCCUCAGGAGGAUAGGGCGAAGAGGGCGGCCGCGUAUAGGGCCAAGGUGGCCGCGCUGGGGCGGUCCCACGACGGCAUUGUGGUGAGGAUGGAUGUGUGAUGACAUGUGAGUAGCAAUUGAAGAGCUUCUUCCAUUUCAAGAAAAUUAUUAGUAGCAUAGUUGGAAAAUAGAAGGCUGAUCAACUGAGGUAAGUAGUGAAGUUGGGAAACUAAACUUAGCCAAAUUCUGUUUAAUUUGUAUAUAUGUUGGAAAUGAGUCUUUGGUUCUCUAUGUCAACAAUUAGCAAAAGUUCCCUUUUUGUCUAAAUUUAAUUGUUAUCUUUAUGUUGGA